AUGCCUUUCAACAUGAAGACCGCCUUUGUUGCCGCUCUGGCUGCCGUUGCCACCGCUAUGCCGGCAGGCCCCAAGUUGAACAAGGACCAGCUCAAGAUUUACGACUUGGCCAAGAGACAACAAGCCGGUGCUGGCGCUGCUGGAUUGACGGAUAUUGAUAUCCUGCAAUUCGCUCUUACUUUGGAAUGGCUCGAGGGAACCUUCUACCAACAAGGCUUCCAAAAGUUCCCCGCCCAGGACUUCAUGGCCCUCGGUCUCUCUCAGGAGCAAGUCAACGACCUGCAACAAGUCGGCGCCACCGAGUUGUCGCACGUCUCCCUCCUGCAGUCUGCUAUUGCCCAGGCUGGUACUCAACCCGUCCAGCCCUGCCAGUACAACUUUGGCUUCACCGACGCCGCGACCAUGGUGAAGACCGCCGCCGUCCUCGAGAACGUUGGUGUUUCCGCCUACCUCGGCGCUGCUCCCCUCGUCAAGGACAAGGGCAUUCUCGGCACCGCCGGAUCUAUCCUCACCAUCGAGGCCCGCCACCAGACCUUUAUCCGUGCUGCUUCUAAGCAGAUCGCCAUUCCCCAGGCGUUCGAUGCUCCUCUCGGCGUCCGUGCCGUCUUCUCCCUGGCCGCGCCCUUCAUCGCCUCCUGCCCUCAAGGCUCCAACCUGGCGCUCCAGCCCUUCCCCAAGUUGACGAUGACGGCUCCCGCCCAGCCCAGCGCCGUCGCCAUUGGUGCCCCCAUCAUGCUCCAGGCCGACAACGCCGCCCAGGCCAAGGCUUGCGCCUUCACCACCGGUGGUCUCCAGCCCGGCGGCACCACCUUCAGCCCCUUCAACCCCCAGCAGGGUUGCGUCGUUCCCCAGGGUCUCAGCGGCAUCACCUAUGUCUCCCUCACGAGCCAGUCCCCGAUGAGCGGCGUGCUCAGCGAUGACAUCACCCUGGCUGGUCCCAUGGUGCUUACCAUCUCGUAA